GGAUAAAAUCGGAAUGUUUUGACGAACAAUAUCCCUGGGAAUGGCAUGAGAGCUAUUCCGUUUAUAUCCGGUGACAAAUUAUUCGUUUUAUCUAGAAUAAGCAAAAUUGACAGAAACUCAUUUCGAUAUAAAAAGAACCAACAUGCCAGAGACCAAACAAACCAUUAAGGAGGUUCUCCCAAAACAAGGACUGCUGUACCAAGAGGAUAUGCCAACCGUGGUGCUGUGUAAGCCAAAGAUACUUCCACUCAAGUCAGUCACACUGGAGAAACUGGAGCGCAUGCAGCGUGAAGCGCAGGAGACCGUGAAGCAGCAGGAACAACAACAGCAGCAGCAUGGGGAGAAAGACUUCUUCAGUGAUUAUUCCUAACCCUCGGGGAAUUAGCGAUGUAGUGAUUUAAUUACAAACAUAUUUUAAGAUUGAAAGUUUUUUUAUUUGGGAGAAAGACAUACUACUGCAUGGAAAAGUUGCAAUGCAUUGAUUUAACAUCUAUAUCUGUGUGAUGGAAAGAUGGAUUUUUUAUUAUGACGUCAUGGUUUUGUGCUGAGGGUAAUUAUAUGUGAAAUGAAGCUAAUGGAUUCAAUAAAUGAAGUCAAAUUUCAUGAAUUAAAUUUUGAAAUCAGAGAAAUCAGAAUCUGCUUGUGUACAUUUUACUAAAUUGCUUCGGUCUUUCUCAGAGAGAGAGAGAGAGAGAGAGAGAGAGAUCUUACUUUAUAUAUCAAUUUUACAUAUUUGUUAAUUGUUGUAUAUCAUAUAAUGAUAAAUUUGAACAGAGGAUAAAUCUGUACCAUAAUGAAAAUUCAAAUGUUUUGCUCAAGUUAUUAAUUUCGAAUGACAGUCAACAAAAACUGAUUUUUUAUUCCAUUUAAUUGUUCUGUAAGUACAUUGCAUGUCAAAAAUUACAAUUUAUUUUUAAUAGGUUCUCUUUUUAAAAUUACUUUAUAUAGGGUUCUGCAUUUGAUAGAUAUGUUGAGUGACUCUGAGGAAAGAGUGGAAAUAAUGCUACAAACAGAAUUUAUCAUAUUUUCCGUCCAUUUAAUGAAAUCAGAAAAACUAAUCAUAAAGAUGAAUUACUGUAAACCAACUUUUGUUUGCAUGCGAGAAAUUUUCAUGAGGUUAGCGCGAGCCUUGUCGUCGCGAAUAUUUCUUGCCGCGAACCAAUCCUUUGUCUAUAGUUUUGAUAACAAUACAGGUCUGGAUAAGACUUGGUCGCGAACAUUAGUCCUCAUAAACUAGUUUAUUGGCAGCUAAUAGCGAAAUAAAGUUGCUUCGCAUGAAAAUUGGUUAACAGUAGUUUAUUUAAUAUAUGCAUAUUCUGUUUGUUGUAAAAAAAAAAAAUAAAAAGCAAAGAAAAUA